UCCGCGUUCUUCUCUUCAAACACUCUCUUGGCAGGCAUGGCGAUCGGUUGGAUGUUACUCGCGGGGACCGUUGUGGCAGUCUUCGGUGGAAGUUUAAGUGCUCCAUAUUAUGGCAGUGAAAUCGGGGUCUUCAAGACUUUUGCCCAUGAUGUAGUCGGAAGAGUGUAUGCAGUCGACGAUAGAACUAUAUACAUCAAAGGAUUUUCCUAUGAUGGGCAAGGACCUGAUGCUUAUUUUUGGGCUGGAUCCUCUCCAAAGCCAGAUACAACUGGCUUUAUUAUACCAGACGAAAAAGGAAAGAAAGUGCCUUUGGGUGAAUACAGGAACAAAGAUAUCCUUCUGAGAUUUCCAGCAGGGAAAACUCUGCGAAACAUCAAGUGGAUAGCUGUCUGGUGUAGAAAAUUCAGCGCUAAUUUUGGCGAAAUCACCAUCCCGACUGGAUUAGUGAUCCCACGACCUUCGGAAAUAGGCCGGAUACCCACUUUCGAACAUGGUGUAUCUUCCGGACCCGUUCUGGUUGUUGAUACGCAGACCCUUCUAGUCCCGGAUUUUACUUAUGAUGGGCUUGGCCCAGCCGCUUACUGGUGGGUGUCCAGAGGUGCUAGGCAGCAUCCAAGGGGUUUAAGGCUGGCAGAUGAAAACGGCAGUUUCGCUCCCCUCCCUAAAUACACUGGCAAGACCGUCGUGAUAACCCUGCCACCAGAGUACACCAUCUAUGACUUUGAUUGGUUCGGCGUAUGGUGUGAAGAGGCCCAAGUCGACUUUGGCAGCGUCAGAUUACCCCAGGAUCUGGUAGUCCCGCCAUCACCCAGAACACUUGGAAUUGAGUUGGAGUACAAACUGAACUGCGAAGUGCUGCGAGAUGACUUGGGCUAUGAGAUCAGGUGGAUUAUGGACGGGGAGGAUAUUGUCAUGCAACUCGUUGCACGACUUGAACCUAACGAGUACAUGUCCUUUGGUUUGAGUAAAAAUGACACCAAAUCAGAAAUGGUAAAAGCAGACGCCAUCGUUGCUUGGAUCGACAAAAGAGGAAAAGGUCAUGCACAAGAUUAUUAUUUGGGAAGCAAGGAACAGUGCGUGGGACGUCGAGGUAGUUGCCCCGACACUAAAUUUCCUGAUGCCACGGAAAGCGUGACUCUUUUAAAUGCCGCAAAGGUCAAUGGAUACACCAUGAUUACAGUCAAGAGACCCCAAGUGGGAAUUGAUCAAAUAUAUGACCAGCAUGUGUAUUCGGAUGGACCCCAAGCUGUUAUAUGGGCAAUUGGACCCCUUAAUGACAAAAAUGAGGUAUCUUACCAUGGAGCUCUAAGAUCAGAAGGAGAUAUCUACAUCGACUUCGCUCGCUCUCCUCAGUGGAAUUGUCCACAACCUGCUGAUUACGAGUCAGAACCUGAGUUCGUCCCAGUUCCUCCAACAACCACGACUACCCCAGCUCCGGUUAGAAAGCCCACCAAGCGAAAGCCAACCACCCCAGCACACAAGCGCAAACCUCAACCUACUGGAUCCCGAUAUUCCAGUAGAUCAUCCGAUGUACGAAGUAGCGAAUCUAAAGUGGAUUCCUCGUGGAAUGUUCCUCCCAUUGUUUGUCCUAGCGACAAGACCUUCAGAGCUCAGAUAGGACCUGCUGGUGGAAAGGAAGGAUUUCAAGCCAUUACUGGAUUAGUUGGUUGGGGUAUCGCCUGGUAUAUUAAUGGAAUUCUGAUACCUGAACUCACCUUGGAAAGGGGACAAACUUACACUUUCGUAGUGGAAGGAGGAAACGAUCCUGAGAACCCCGCACGUACCCACCCAUUUUACAUCACAGACGAUCCGGAGGGCGGGUUCGAUCACAAGACAUCGGCUGAGAAAAAAAAAGUUAAGAUUUUUGCUGGUGCUUCUGUCGACCGGAGAGGAAAAUAUACGCCCACUGGAAAGGGUCGAUUGUGUGAGUGGAAACUUCCCCAGGACAUGAGAUCCACUGAUUUCGCGACUUUCGAUGAAUUCCAGCAAAAUCUUGAACUGAAAUGUGAGAGGGGCAAACCUGCAAGAUUUACUUUCAAACCAGACAGGAAUACACCAGAUUUACUCUAUUAUCAAUGCUAUGCUCAUCGACAUUUGGGAUGGAAAAUCCAUAUUGUGGAUUCUUGUGAUGGUCUACGUCAUGCAGCUAGCAUUCAACACGUAAAAAAUGUAACUUACAACUCCUUGGCCAGCGACUUUAAGCGUGGUGGAGAGAAAAAGAAACUAUUCUCCGAGGAAGAAGUGCAAUUUCCCAGAAAUGAUGGCAUUCCUUUGAUUUUAGAGGACGAUUCUGCAUCAGAACGUGAAUCUCAAAGAGAUAUUCCACACAAUUCUCCAGUUUAUAAACCUACUACAUCAUCCGCAAAAAGUAGCAUGUACUUCAAAGUUCCAACACCACCCCAAGAAAAGAAAGUAUAUUUUGUCACUACUCUUCGUCCAAAGAUUGAAUCUAAAUAUAGCACUCAUCGACCACCUAAAGUAGUAACUAUGGAAACAUUUCAGCUUAGAGACGUCAUUCCUCCCAUUAGGCCACGAGGAAAUUACCCUUCACAUAAGACAGUAGCUGAUCACACCGAAAGACAUAUUAUCCAACAACAAUAUCGACCUCAGUUUUCUGAAAUCAAGAAUACCCUUCAGUGGUGGAAUGAUCCUUCCAAAAGCCAGGUGUCUCCAACACCUACAGCCAGAGAAGUGAGACAGCAGGUGACCGUUCGUCAAAGACCAACUCCAGAAAAUGUUCCACAAAGAUAUCCAUCCCAAAGGCCUCAAGGAGGACAGAAUAAGGUAAUAUCCGUGGUUGUUAACAGUGGUUCGAAUAGAUAUCAAACACAAAGCAGUUCACCAGGACACACAUUUGCCGUGGUAAACGGCGAUAAAAAAAAUCUGGUACCUCUUCUUGUAGUGCAACCAAAGCAAUCCACUGGACACCGCAAUGAGAGGCCGAGGCAUAUACAUCGCUCAAAGGGUGGAAACGAAUACAUUGCGGCAGCUUCUCAAAAAAUAGUUCGUCAUGCCCAUCCUUCAAAUGGAUCUAUACAUUUCGACACAAGAAAAGUACCUCUGGUUCCAGUUAUUGUGGAAAAUAAUGACAACAACCUCUAUUCUCUGCAGAAAGUAUUAUCCUUGCUCAACAAUGGAGGUGUAAUCCACACAAGAGGAAUCAGAAGUGCUGACCAUCACCCCGAUCAUCACGGCGAUGACCAUCAUAACCAUCAUGAUCACGAUCACGAGAAUCAUGAUCACAAUCACAAAGAAAUGGAUCAUAAAGAAAAAUCAUCCGAUAAAUCUUUUGCUCGAAGCCUUUCUGCUUCGUUUGCCUUGAUUUGGGUUAUGUGUCUUUUGCAUACCUUCCUCAGACGAACAUAGAUUUUGAAGCAGGAUUGUUGAAAGCAAGCCAAAUGCAACAAUAUAUUUUGAUGUAUGUAAUAUAUUGAUUUAUACGUGUAUAGUGUAUUAUAUGGAUAUAUAUAUUAAAUCAAUAUAAUUGUAUUAUAUUAUUUAAAUGUUAUCUUGUUGUUCACCACUUUUGUAAAGUGGAUCAUUGUAGUCUUCAGGUUUAUCAGGUAUUUACUUUGCAUAUGAAGUAGAUUGAUGCAUAGUCAAUUUCUGCCCCACAUAUAUUUAUUUUUCUGUUUAACUUUUUUAUUUUCCUUUUUUAUAUACUUACCAUUUAAAGGUGUAUUUGUAAGUGAUGUCAUUAUUUUUGUUCAUUGAUCAACUGAUUUCUGGAAAAUAAAGGUGCGUUUUUUUUACUCAUUUUUUCUUUGAUACUUGUGAGGUUUAAUAAGCUUAUCAACAUGAUAUGAUUUUUCGAUUUUCAUACGAGGCUAUAUGUUAUCUUUAUGAAGUGUUUCGUAUUUCUUUAAUUGCUUACCAUAAGAAUCAUCAAUAUGCAAUGUAUUGUUCAAUCAGUAAUAAAUUGCAUUUUUUGUAUUACUAAUAUCAGAAUGUAAUUCUAACGCUUUUUUAACAAUUAUAGAUAUAUAUUUAUAAUUUGUGGAAUUAUUCAUGAAAUGUUUUUCCAUACUCUUCCAAUGAAACAUGCUAUUUAAAUAAGUUCGAUAAUAAUAAUAGCGUUAAAUGCAACUAAAGAAAAAAAUGAGAUGU